AUGGCAUCAUCUUGGUCAGCAGCAACAACAUAUUAUAAUAUGUCAAAUGGUGAUACAGGUUGGGGUUAUUUUUGGUAUGAUGAAUCUCAUCAAGCAAUUCGAACUGAUUUUUAUCCAAUGUGUCCUUUUUUACAAUUAUAUCAAUCUGGACUAAAUUAUUAUGUUUAUCUAUCAGUUCAAAUAUGUUGUAAUUAUACAUUUCCAGCAUGGCAACCGGAUUGGUUAUGUUAA